AUGAAAUAUUUAAUUACAGUUUUAUUACUAUUAUUUGUUGUUAGCCUUGGUUCUUCUUAUCAAUGUGGUUAUUAUUCAUGUACACCUGGUCAUACUUGUACAAAUAGUGACGGUGAAUUUAAAUGUGUAUACAAUAAAGAUGAAUUAAUUAUUUCCCAAAUUGUUACAAAUAGUUGGUAUGAUCCUACUAAUGGUGUAAGUGUUCAAGUUUUAGCAAAUGUUAUUAAUCAUACACAUCGUACUAUAAAAAAUGUAAUUAUUGCAUCUGAUGUGAAAUUGAACAAUCAUCAAAUUUGGGGUGCUAAAAUAAAUGGUUUUUUAAUUGAUUUUCCUGAUUAUGUUACAAUUGCACCAGGUAAAAACUAUACAUUUGGUUAUAUUAGUUAUGGAGUUAAUGCUGCUCAUCUUUGGGUCCAACGUGUAAACAGUGUUUAA